AAUCGAGUCCACGACGUGCACAAAUCCAGUAAAGUACUUGUUAAUAGCUCAAUUGCUUCAAUCUCUCUGACAAUGUCUUUCGCAAGAUCCGCCUUUGGAGCUCUUCGCUCCGCACGCCUGUCCGUCGGUAGCGCAAGAGCCCAAUUGGUGCGCCACUCGGCCAGACGCGGAUACUCCAGUGGCCAUGGGCCAGAGGCUAGCAGUGACCUGCCAUGGGCUGCCGGAGCUGUCACCGUCACCGUCCCUGGUUGCUGGUACCUUCUCAAGGAAUCUCCCGCAGAAGCUCACCACCUUCACGUUCCCCACAAGAUAGAGGCACACGCGGAGCCUGAGGCUGAGGCUGAGGAGGAGGUCAAGGAGGAGGAGCCAAAGGCAGAGGUCAAGGCUUCCGCCACCGACAACGAGGAGGAGAAGCCGAGCGCCGAUGCUUCCAAGUCGGAGGACGAGGGAAAGGAUACUACUGAGGUUACCGAGAAGCUAACUACGGACGCCAAGCAUUCCACGGAUGUUGGCGGAGACUCCGAUGUCAGCCAGAAGGCCGAAGGAACCCCAGAGACAUCGAAGUCCAAGGAUACCGUCGAUGUGUCCAAGCCUUCGAAUUAA